CCAGCACAAUCCCUCACCUGAUGCUCUGCCCCCCACUCUUGCAGUGUGCUCUACUCUAGGGUAUUAAUUUUUGCCGCUUGUCCGUUUCGCGGCUUCCAUUUGAGAACUUGUCGUUGACCUGUUGCGUCAUCUUACACAUACGCUGCUGCCGCUAGCAGAUCGAAGUCUUUCCAUGUACUACCUGGUUUUUGGAAUGCAGUUUAGGCUGUACAUUUCGCACAUUAGCUCGUAGAUCUGUAGUCAAUCUUCUUAGCUUAGCUCGCGGUCAAGCGCAGGACCCAGCAUCACACCGUUAGGUAUUUCCCUUGUUCACUUUAGGAAGAACCAACUCACCGCGUUCAGUUGAAGCAUCAUUCUGAACGGCGCUUGUCUGCGGCUCCAGCUACCGCGCAACUACAUCCAGGCAAGCAGCAAUUCACAGGGCAUUGCAUCGUCGUAGCCACCAGGCACGGUAUCGUAGCAGCCCACAUGGAGGGCGUGCGGAAGUUCACCGGCAGGGAGUUAGAGCAAGCAACCAACAAGUUCCACCGUGAGAACUCUCUCGGUAGAGGUGGGUUCGGUACAGGCUACAAGGGUCAGAUCGACGGCCGAGCAGUUCUUGUAAUGAAGCUCAACCCUGACACUAGCCGGCAGGCAGGCGAGCGGUUUCUCCGCGAAGUGACAGUGCUUACACGCGCCGACCACCGCCACAUUGUGCAGCUGAUAGGCUACAAUGCUGAGGCGCGCUGUAUCGUGUACGAGGCCCUCCCUGGCGGCAAUCUCGAGGACAGGCUGGCGACUGAGACCGGGCGCAAGUCCCUGAGGCAAAAGGACCGCCUGCGCAUUGCGGCUGAGGUGGCGGAGGCCCUUGUGUUCCUGCACCGCCUGGACUACCCCAUCCUGCACCAGGACGUGAAGCCCGCCAACGUGAUGCUCGAUGACGAUCUCAUCAGCAAGCUCGGGGGAGUGGGUCUGGCUAAGUUCCUACCAGUCAAUGACUCGUCGAUCUGGGGUACUGUGGGUUAUAUUGACCCACUGCUGCUGCGCACGGGGAAGUAUGGGCCACAGUCGGACGUGUAUGGGCUUGGGUUAGUGGUUCUGCAGCUGUUGACGGGAGAGAAGGUGAACAAGGUGCUGGAAUACGCCAAGUUCGGGCUUGAGGGAGUGCUGGAGCACCUUGACAAGGAGGUCACCUGGAAAGAUAAGAUCGUCCGCGAUGUUGCUGAGCUGGCGCUGAGGUGUCGUGACAAGGCGAACCGGCCCGACCUGGAGACGGUGGUACUGCCGGCGCUGCAGAUCCUGGCCAAGGACACGGCCCUGGACCUGGAUCAAGACGGGGCGCCGCCACCCCGGCAAGCAGCAGGAGGGGCAGGCGGGGGAAGAGGAGGGGGGAGAGGUGGACAUGCGGGAGGGAGAGGGGCAGGACACGGGGCAGGGGAGGAUGCUCGGAGGGCGACACCGGCGAACGCGCCGAAGAAGGCGACGUCCAUGUUCAGCUUCUUCUGGGGCAGUGGCCGCAAGUGAUAGGGGGUGUGUCUUGUUGCUACUCUUGUGUGGUUUCCAGUGGAGUACGGUUGAUACGCCCUAGACAUUUAGCAGAAUUUGUAGUUCAACAUAAGCAGGACCAAUAUGUUGGCAGGAGUCACUGCUUAAUUGGGAGGGACGUUCAACGUGGCAGGCAAAAUGAUGGCUGGGCUCUUGAAGCGUGACUGCUGGGGUGUCCAGUUCAGAGCCAGCCGCAACCUUACCUCCAUUUGAAUCCCUCUUGUCCCCCCCUUGUGUUUCCAUUUCGAUAGCUCAAUCGCUCGUGCACGCUUUCUUGGCUUGGGUCUGCCUUGUUAGAAUACUAGAAUGAAUUAGGAAGGAGAAAACAAGGGAGAUGUAGGGUUUGGGUUGUACUCUCUAUGAACACAUUGUUAAAUUAUAUAUUG